AGGAAACAAGGCUAAUAAAAGUCUAUGGGCUGAUCACAAGUACAGACUCCAUAGAUAAGGAAGCACCAGGGAAAAAGCCAUGGAGUUCUUCAUGACUGAUACAAAUCACACUGAUCACAGUAACAGUUCCAAUUUGGUGAUUGGCUUCACAUCUUCUGUCAUAUCAGUUUUUUUGUUUGGAUCCAAUUUUGUGCCAGUGAAGAAGUUUGACACUGGAGAUGGAAUGUUCUUUCAGUGGAUUCUCUGUGCGUCUAUAUGGAUAGUCGCUUUGGUGGUGAACCUGAUCUUGCGCUGUCCAAAAUUCUGGCCUCUUGCUAUGGUUGGAGGCUGUGUAUGGGCCACAGGUAAUAUUACAGUUGUUCCAAUAGUGAAAACAGUAGGACUUGGGUUAGGCCUCCUCCUAUGGGCUUCUACCAACCUUCUCACUGGCUGGGCAAGUUCAAGAUUUGGCAUGUUUGGAAUAGAUCCAGAAGUAGUUCAGAGGCCGUAUUUAAACUAUGCAGGCGCUUCUCUUUCUGCACUAAGUGCAGUUAUAUUUCUGUUUGUGAAAACGGACAUCAAAUCUGUUACAUCUGAACCAGAAACGACUCCACUUCUGAGGAAUAGUAUUAAUUCAAACGAGAACACGCUAACAGAUGAAUCAUGGGUAGACAAAUUAUCAUCUUUACAAAGGCGAAUCAUAGGCUCAGUGAUGGCAAUUGUUGCCGGGGUCCUUUAUGGCUCCUGUUUUAUUCCUGUCCUCUAUAUCAAAGAUCACAGCAAGCACAAUGAUAGCGCAUAUGCUGGAGCAAGCCAAUUUGAUCUAGAUUAUGUGUUUGCACACUACAGUGGAAUUUUUCUCACAAGCACUGUUUAUUUUCUCAUCUACUGCGCGGUUAUGAAAAACCGUCCUAAAGUUUAUCCGGAAGUAAUAUUACCUGGUUUUAUCUCUGGCUUCCUCUGGGCAAUUGCAAACUGCUGCUGGUUCCUGGCUAAUAACUACCUCAGUGCUGUGGUCAGCUUCCCAAUAAUCACUGCGGGUCCUGGACUGGUUGCUGCUCUGUGGGGGGUGCUUGUAUUUAAAGAAAUAAAGGGACGAAGAAAUUACUUGCUGCUAGUGCUAGCAUUCUGCAUUGUGCUAUCUGGUUCCCUCCUAACAGCGUUUUCUAAGACAUGAAUCACUUUCCUGACUAACCACCAGGUGGCACCGCUGAUUUUUAUUUGUACAUAAUCAUUUUAUUCUGAUGAAUGAGGCGAUCAGGGACACAAAAAACAUCCUACUUCUCUGAUGACAUUUAUGCCACUUUAUAUUCAUAUUUUAUGCUAAGCUCUGGAAGAUUGAAGGCAAUACA